UCCAAGUGGUUCUGGGAUAGGUUUCAAUUCGACUGCAUCGCUUCUGUUUUGGAAUGUGUUCUUCUCAAAGUUCAAAUCCUUUUUGCUGAGAUUCUAUUGGGUUGUGGUCUUAUUGAAGACUAGAUUAUAAAGAGAAGGCUCUUUAGAAAGACCAUUCUGGUAGUGGUUUAUAGGGAUGGCAAGGAAUUGGGAUUGGUAAGAAGACAAAUGGUGCUGUGAUCUUACCUUGUCGUGUGGGAAAUGCGGGUCCUUUUAGACGGACCCGUUUUAGUUUGAAACUGCACAAUUUCAACGGGUUUGUAGUUGUUAUUUGUUUUAUGGACACAUUUGCUGUUCGGUAAAAAGUUUCCAAUCCAAAGCAGAUAGAAUUAUGUCAUAAUAAUGCCCUAUCUAGUCGAUUUUUUAGCUUUAUGUAGCUAUUUGAAGGGAGGUAACCUCAACAAUGUAGAACUAGUUUUUUAAUAAUAGUCAGGAGGCUGGGCCAUGCCAAAUCAAUGAUUUUUUGAAAAAUAGUUUCCUGUAUGAAUAGUGCUCUUCCAAUUUGCUUCAAGACAGAAGUGGACAUAUAUAUCUGGUGCUGUAACAAAUUUGAACUAGAUUUUUAUGCAUGGUUCCAAAAGCGCUGAGUUUUAUCUUUUCUGUUCCUCUGCACUUGUUCUAUUAUGAUGGUGUUUGUCAUAGAAAUUGUUGUUGAUUUGCUAACAGGCAAUUUCAUUUUCAGUUAACUUGUUUUGAUACCAUGCUUUCCUUGCUUUAAAUGCCGUUAACAAGUUUAGAGCAUGUACCAUACUUCGCUUGUUCAUUGCAAUCAUCAUUACUCACUUUGGGUAUUAUGUUGGUUUUACCCUGUUGAUGUAUUUUGAAGGAGAGUCAAGACCAAGCUACAGCUGAAAUAUCACUGCUCUGCUGUCCAUUGAAAGUCCACUUGUACUGCAACCGAAUUUUGCUGAAUGUUGAGUAUAAUGCUGAGCUGAAUGUUACUUUACUGUCAGUGGCGAUAGGUUAUGCUGAUGAGAUGAUGCCUAGAACUUUUUGUGCUUUGAGCUGAUAUGUUAAAAAGUGAUAAACUGAUGCGACUGUGUAGUUGUUUUACACUAUCUUUAAGAUGGGAGGUGAGUUUAUUGAAGAAGCAGACAUGGAUGUCUUGCCUUCUAUGUGGCCUGAUGAUAUUGGGAAUGAAGCCAGGAAGCAGUUCAACAUGGAAAGACCUGGUGUGAAUCGGGAUAUGCUGGAGGAUGUUACGAUCAAGGACGACCCUUCUGUUGUGGAUUUCAAACGCCUCUUAGAACUAACCAGUUACAGUGAGAAGGGUUCUUCUCAGCUGGCAUACCUUGUAAAACACUGGGAGUAUAAGCACAAUAAUGCUGUUCGGCUUCUCAAUGAAGAGAUCAACAUCCUCAGCAAACAAAGGCAGGAAGUUGAACUCAAGAAACUAGAGAUCCUAGAGGAGCAUCGUUUUGAGGAAGAUAGUUAUGCUGGUUCCAAACGUUCAGUUUCUAUUUUGGAGGACGCUUGUGACAUAUGGGGAAGAGUUCCAAGGAGGAGAAAUGACAUUCUUGCUUAUAGUAGAAAACUUGCCAUAGAUGCCGACUAUGAUACUGUCAUGUACUGGAAGCAGCGGGCUAUGCAAUUAGAUAAAAUGCUGGAGGAAAGUAUUGAAAGGGAGCACAUACUCACGCAAAAGUUGGAGGAGAACAUUAAGGACCUUGAAACACAGCCGUCACCAGUUGAGGAAUUGUCUCAGAUCUUAAAAAGAGCUGAUAAUUUUCUACACUUUAUUCUUCAGACUGCUCCUAUUGUUAUUGGUCAUCAGGACAAAGAGUUGCGGUAUCGAUUCAUCUAUAAUCACUUUCCACGGCUCGAAGAGGAGGACAUUAUAGGUAAAACUGAUGAGGAAAUAUUCUGUGGUGCUGGUGUAAAAGAGAUUCAGGAUUUCAAGAGAGAAGUCUUGGAGCGAGGUUCACCUGCAAAGAGGGAAUUCACAUUUGAUACCCCGCUAUUUGGAUCAAAGACUUUUAUGAUAUAUGUAGAACCAGUAUUUAGCAAGGCAGGAGACAGAAUUGGUGUGAAUUAUAUGGGAAUGGAUGUUACUGAUCAGGUGGCAAAAAGGGAGAAAAUGGCUAAGCUAAGGGAGGAGAUUGCUGUCCAAAAGGCCAAAGAGACAGAACUUAAUAGAACGAUUCACAUAACAGAGGAAACAAUGCGGGCAAAGCAAAUGCUAGCAACUAUGUCUCACGAGAUUAGGUCUCCUCUUACUGGGGUUGUGAGUAUGGCUGAGAUUCUGGCGACCACCAAAUUGGAUAGAGAACAAAGUCAGUUGCUGGAUGUGAUGCUAUCCUCUGGAGAUAUGGUUCUCCAACUUAUAAAUGAUAUACUUGACCUUGCCAAGUUUGAAUCAGGAGCUAUGAAGUUGGAGGCUACAAAAUUUAGACCAAGAGAGGUAGUUAGACAUGUCCUCCAGACUGCAGCUGCAUCUUUGAAGAAGGAAUUGACAUUGGAAGGACAUGUGGCUGAUGAUGUUCCUGUCGAGGUUAUUGGUGAUGUUUUAAGAAUUCGGCAAAUUCUGACCAACUUGAUUAGCAAUGCAAUCAAGUUUACACAUGAAGGGAAAAUUGGGAUAAACCUUCAUGCGGUUUCUGAGCAACACCCUGGAUGUCAAGAACAACACCAUCAAGGUCUAACACCUGUUUUACCAUCAACAAGACUAGCAAAGAAGAAUUCUUCAGAAACUCAAAGUUAUAUUGAUAGAGAAACUUCACAUUGUUCAACUUGUCAAGAACGUCCUGACCAAAACAGUAAUGGGAAGCAUCAUUUGACUAAUGAAGAUACUGAGAAGCAUAAUCAGAAGUAUGAAAAAAUUGUGUGGCUCCGCUGUGAUGUAUAUGACACUGGAAUUGGAAUACCAGAUAAGGCAUUACCUUCAUUGUUCAAAAAGUAUAUGCAAGCAAGUGCAGAUCAUGCUCGAAAGUAUGGAGGAACAGGGCUUGGUCUUGCAAUCUGCAAACAAUUGGUGGAGCUGAUGGGUGGAAAUCUUACUGUGACCAGCAAAGAGCAUUGUGGAUCGACAUUUACCUUUGUGUUGCCUUAUAAGGUUCCUUUAAAGAGGGAAUGUCCCGAUGAUCGUGAUGAAGAUGCAGCAAUUUCUGAUAGUGAUGUUACAACUGAUUAUAGUAUUGAUGAAAAAAAUGGGUCAUUUAUCUUUAAGCCUCGGACAUGGGGUACUCUAUUCUCAUCUGAUGAAUCCACGGUUUGCAAGACAAAACUUUCUGGCAGUAGCAUGCUUGAUACCUUAGAUAGUUCAAAUGGUCUGUCAGAGUCUGUCUCAUUCUCCUCUAGUGAUUGCACAUCAAGGACUUCCGUUGAUGGGGUCUCUCCAAUUUCUGAUGCAACAAAGACAUUAACUGAACUUAAAGGCCCUGUACAGCAAAGCCUAGGGCAUAAUGGUAAUGAUUUUAGGAGGAUAAACAGAAGGGAUGAAGGAUGUCAAGAUUCUAGAAAUGGCUUUGUAAUGCAUAAAUUUAACAGUUCUAUUAUGGAUUCCAGCAGAACCCAUUGGAUUUCAGGUUUGCAGCAAGGCAAAAUGGCAUCCUCAAAGGGAGUUAAUAUGGCUGAAAGUGGCAAGUGUGUACCAACUUGUCAAAGCCCGAGGCAUGAGAAAGAAGAUAAUAAAUCUAAGUGCACGUCAGAUAGAAGUUCAUUCAAAAUUCUUCUUGCAGAAGAUAACAAGAUCAAUAUAAUGGUGGCACAAUCAAUGAUGAAGCAGUUGGGUCAUAGAAUAGAUGUUGUGAAUAAUGGAUUAGAAGCUAUUCGGGCAAUUCAGCAUUCUCGUUAUGAUCUUAUUUUGAUGGAUAUUUGCAUGCCAGUAAUGGAUGGAAUGCAAGCCACCAGAUUAAUUCGAUCUUUUGAAGAACAUGGUUACUGGGAUGCUUCUGUAUCCAAUGGAGAUGAUCAUGCUAUGGCCUGCCCAGAUUCACUAUCGCAUGGACCAGAUGCAGGACGGUGCAGAAAAAGGAUUCCUAUCAUUGCGAUGACGGCAAAUGCACUAGCUGAGAGCGCUGCCGACUGCCUUGCCAAUGGUAUGGAUUCAUUUGUAUCCAAGCCUGUGACCUUUCAGAACUUGAAACAAUGUCUCCAGCAGUACUUGCCGUGUUAAAUAUUGUAAAGUGGUUCUUGUAAAAUAGAAAAAAAAGAAUGUAAUGAAGAAAAAUUUUGUAAUUAAUAUAUCGUCUUUAAAUUGUCUCAAUGUAUCCUAGCCUUAAAGAUCCUAAAUUAACGACUUUAGAGUUCUAACACGGAUGUCCCGUACUUGUACGGGCGAGGACAAAAUGACCAAAAAUGACUCAUGAAGCUGAGGCAAGAAAAAAGGACUUUAUAAUUCAUAUUAAUGUUUCAAAAGAGAUUUUUAUCUAUCUUUUUAAUUAUUUUGUUAUUAGUUAAUGAUGCCUACCCCUUUAAGUGCGAUUAAAUUCCUAAAGGAUAUUGAAUGUCCUGUUUAAACUCAAACAAGUAUGUGUUAAUAUUACUCCAGUUCAAAGAUCUGCACAUGUAUGGAAGACUAAAUGAUGUGAAUCCUUGCUCCUUGAGUUUUCCAUCUUGUGUCAUUUAUGAAAUAAAGCUUUCAGGAGAAGAGUAAUCAGAUUUUUAUCUGCAACGUUGUUUGAUCAUCAUUUUGGUCCAGGAAGAACAGUAAGAGAGUUCAACAGGAACUAGUUUUUUCUCUUCAUUAUUCUUUUCAGUAUGUUCCUGUUGUUUCACUUAAGCACCUGAAUUAGACGUAUCAACAAAUGUGAUUUCUUAAGUUUUCCUUUUGCUCCACGUGCAUAUGAGUAUACUAUUUCUUAUUCUUGCUCCGGUGUUUAGAAUUGGCAGCAAGCAGGUAUGAGAAUCUAGGCUUUAAUGGAGCUUAACCCUGACAAGCGAAGGAAUCCUUUUUACCUAUGCCUAUCAAUUCAUAGUAUCGAACAUUUUAGCAUAUGAAGAGUACAGAUACCACUUGAGAUUGGCAGUCAAUUAUAUUCCU